CAGGCCCCGCCCAUUGGGCGCGCCGGCGCGGUGUGAGCUCCCCAACUCGGGCCAUGGCGCUGGCAGGUGCACCUGAAGUGAUCCGGGCGGCGCAGAAGGACGAUUACUACCUGGGAGGCCUGCGGAGCGCGGCGGGCAGCGCGCUGCACAGCCUAGCGGGUGCAAAGAAAUGGCUGGAAUGGAGGAAAGAGAUCGAACUGCUCUCAGACAUAGCCUACUUUGGCCUCACAACAAUUGCAGGCUACCAGACACUUGGAGAGGAGUAUGUUGGGAUCAUCCAAGUGGACCCAUCCCAGCAGCAUGUGCCCUCCAGGCUCCGCCGUGGAGUGCUGGUUGCACUCCAUGCUGUCUUGCCCUACCUGCUAGAUAAAGCACUGCUGCCCCUAGAGCAGGAACUGCAAGCCGAUGGUGACGGUACACGGGCUUCACAGGGAAGUCUACUACCUGGAGGACGAAGUCGGUCAGGGGCAAGGCGCUGGGUGCGUCACCAUGCCGCCACCCUGUCUGAACAGCAAAGGAGGACGCUCCAACGGACAAUCUUUAUCCUUAGACAGGGCCUUGCCUGCCUCCAUCGGUUCCAUGUUGCUUGGUUUUAUAUCCAUGGUGCCUUCUACCACCUGGCCAAGAGGCUAGCAGGGAUCAGUUAUCUCCGAACUCGCCGCUUGCCUGGAGAGGACCUGAGAGCUCGUACAAGCUACCGACUGCUGGGACUCAUCUCCCUGUUACAUCUGGCACUGUCCAUGGGACUGCAGUUGUAUAGCUUCAGGCAGAAGCAGCGAGCCAGGAAGGAGUGGAGGCUGCACCGCAACCUGUCCCACCGCAGGAGUUCCCUGGAAGACAGAGCUGUUUGCAGAGCCCCACUAUGCACCCUAUGCUUGGAGGAACGAAGACACUCCACGGCUACUCCUUGUGGCCACCUUUUCUGCUGGGAAUGCAUUACUGAGUGGUGCAACACUAAGACAGAGUGUCCCCUGUGCAGGGAGAAGUUCCCACCCCAGAAGCUGGUCUACCUGAGGCACUACCGCUGACCAGGACAGAUCAUCACCAAACAGCUCCAAGAAGUGGAUGGAAGUUCACAGAGUUUAUCCUCAUAACUGUGGUUGUACAGAAAUAUAAAAUCCUCACACUGUUGUCAUGUAAGCUACUAGUUACCUGGGAAGAGAAAGGGUCAGGGCAACACUCCAUAUGGGGCAGGAGAGUUUAUUGCCCCUUAUUUAUUAUGGCUUCUGAGUCUCUGGAGGUAGUAGGACCCCCUUCCCAAGCCACACUAAGAACUGCUAAGAACUGCUUCAAAUGUUCGGGGUGUUUUACUCAGGUCUGUGUGAGAGGCAGGGCUGAGGGUUAGGCUGGAAGUGCAGCACUACACCAUGGGCUCCACACCCACACAUCAGCACUCCUAACACACUUAUUUGCCACAUGCUUAUUAAUACAUGUCCCCAACUCCUUAAGAAAAUGAAGGUCUCCAUCUGGGCCUAAUGGGUAGGAAUGGGGGCUCUCUGAGUUGCACAAAGGUGCACACAUGCCAUGUCGCAUGUGCAGAGACCAGAGAACAACUUGCAGGAGCUGGUUCUUUUUAUCAUGUAUUUCAGGGCAUAAAUUCAGGUUGGGCUGGGCGGCAGCAUCUUUACUUGUCGAACAUCUCGCCGACCUGGCAAGUUGGCUUGAAUGAGUUUUCUCCUAUAAACCAAUUUCCAUGUGUCCUCAGAUACCAGUCCUCUGAGGAAGUCUGGUGAGUUGUAUCUGCUUGGAGGCCUGGAUGAACAAGUGUGACCUGCUUACCCCAUGUCACUUUUGUCCCUAGCUUCUUCACUCCAUUUGACAUUUCCAAGCUGACAAAGACAGCCUGGAACAUCUUUAAGACACUAAUUCCACAGAAAAGGUACAUUAAGAACAGAAGAUCUAGCUGGGCGGUGGUAGCUUUUAAUCCCAGCACUCGGGAGGCAGAAGCAGGUGGAUCUCGGUUAUUUCAAGGCCAACCUGAUCUACAGAGCUAGUUCCAGGACAGCCAGGGCUACAAAGAAAAAAUGCUGUCUCAAAAAAACAAAAACAAACAAACAAAAAAACAGAUCUAGAAAGACUUCAUAAAAUAGUGUGAAGAUGUCUGUAAUUAGUGAGCAGGGCUGAAGCCCAGCCACCAGCAGGUGUCUGAUGUUACAAUGUUCCUUGACAAGGUUCCCUUACCAAGAGCAGGAACCGUUCCUCUAAGGGGAACACAGGACCAAGAUAGACACAGGGCAACUUCAGGUACCCUAUGGGAAGACAAAGUUCCUGUGGGAACCUGGAACACAACUCUACAGUGAUCUGCAGUACCCCAUUUGUAACUCACUGCUCUGGCCAGGUACACCCAACUUUCUUUCCAUCAUAUCUUAAGCUUAGUCAGUGAUAUGGAAAAUAAACAAAAAUGUCCAGAUUUGAACCCACAUGCUCACAUAGAAGGAAAAAAAUAAAAAACAAAAAAAGCCCAAACUUACGUCAUUAAAAAAUAAUGAGUUGAGUGUACAAAAUGUGGCCUAAAAGGGGAACGAUAGUGUCAGCAAAAGCAUCCCAGGUGACUGACUUAGUAUCUAAAACUGUACGAUGGAUGAGAAACACAACUAAGGAGAGUUCUGAAGUCUACUUGCACCUGACAGCCCCUCUCCCUCCUACACCUAUGGUGUUUGCUCUGUCCUGGUGCUACUUGGGAUAACGGCUCCCCUCCUAUAGCUGUGAACAGCAAGCUGCACUUCAGUGAAAUGAUUAGUGGUGUAGACAAAAACUACACAAGCAAGGGACACUUUGUUUAAUAAAGUUGGAAUUUAAAAGUCA